GAGGCGCGGGCCCCGGACACUGGGCUCCCCAGUCUCCCCUAAAGGGACAUGGCACUCAGGCUCCUGUUUGACCCCUAGGUCCCUGCCUUCCCCACCACGAUCAUGUCUCCCACUCCCCAGGCUGCAGAGUUCGCCUGCAACGACUGGAGGUGGCAAGCAGCCUGCUGUCACAUCUAAAGAGGUAAUGAAGCUCACCCUUCCCUCUCGGGUCCUUCCUCCCUGAGCCUGUAAGGGGACUCCAGGGCUGCCGCAGCCUGCAGCCAACUUGCGGGGGGCAGCCGUGGGGACAGGGGUGGGGACAGACCUGGGGUGUGGGACAGCAGGAGCACCAUGAAGUCAGUGUGGGGGCUGUGGAGGCCAUGGGCCCCAGAUGCCCGCCCCUGCCUGGCCGCCUUGGCCCUCCUGGCCCCGUCUGCUCCUGGCUGCACCUUGUGCCUCCUGUCCUCUCCAGCCACCUGAGCAGGAUCCUGGACAAGAGCGGAGAUCAUCGGUCACGUCAGGACACCCCUGGUGAGAACAAGCCGCAAUGUCUCGUCCCGACUGAGACUCCACACCCAGAACGGCCCACGUUGCAGAAGGAACCGGAAAGUCAGUGGGCUCGAUCCUCUGCAGUCGAAAGGCCUCAGGAAGUGUGCAGCGUCCCUACAUCCACCUGUCGGGGACUCUCUAAGGGAUGGAAACCCCGUGUGAACACCUGCCACGGGACUCCCUCCCUUGAGCUGAACACUCGAGAGAUGCUGGAAGCACGCACCAGAAGGCUCCGGGCACAGCACAGGCGGCGGGUACUCCUGAAGGUCGUUCAGGCUCUAGCCGUCUAUCGGCUGAAAAAGACUCACGCCUGGCCCAUUCUGCAGUCGGCCUUAGCCGCCCCAGGCGCCUGUGUGUCAGGCAUCCCCGGGAGACUCAAGUUUCCUGACCUUGUGGGCAAAGCCCCUCAGGCCUUUCCAGGAGAGACCUUGGAAACUGAGGAGGCAGCUUCCAGCACGGGGAGGCCUCUCCUCGCCCGCUCACGACAACCCUAUCACAACACAGAGGCUGAGAGUGAGCUGAAGUCCAAGGUGAAGGUACAGUCGCUGAACCACCCUCGACACUGUCCCCCUCACAUGCCGUUCAUCAGAGGAGAAGCAUAUCCCAACACAGAGGCUGAGAGUGAGCUGAAGCCCAAGGUGAAGGCCACCAGCGACACUGCCCGCGGCACUGUCCUCUUCGCAGAGGUGUCUAGUCUGGGCAACCGCAAGGUGCUCUAA